AACUCAUUUCACUCCCUCUUCCAUCGUCUGAAUGUUAAUGUAAUUCGUCCAUAAAUUUUCAGAAAAAGCUUCAACAACAACAUUCAACAAUGAGCAUGAGGUCCAGACCUCCACUCUCCAUUAACCUUAAGCUCAUUCUUCUUCUCUUCUUCUUCCUUUCCAUCUUCAUGUUAGUAAUUAAAUCAGGUUUACAAUCUUCCCAGAAUAGGCCGUCGCCCGUUGCACAAACCCAUGUAUCCAAUUUGACAGAAGAACCAGCAUGCCCAUCUCUUCCCUUCACUCCAAGUUGCACAAAGACCCCGCCUUCUCUGGCCAACGCUCUCAUCCAUUACGCAACCACCAACAUAACCCCUCAACAAACCCUCAAGGAGAUCUCUGUGUCCGCCAGAGUCCUGGAAAGAAAGUCACCCUGCAACUUUUUGGUCUUCGGUUUGGGCCAUGACAGCCUUAUGUGGACAGCUCUCAACCAUGGAGGUCGCACGGUUUUCCUUGAAGAAGACAAGGCCUGGAUCGAUCAAAUACAGGAGCGGGUGCCCUCCUUGGAGGCUUAUAACGUGCAGUACGACACCAAGGUCCAUCAAGCAGAAGAGCUUAUGAAGAUGGGAAUGGAAGAAGAGUGCAAGACUGUGGGAGACCCCAGAUUUUCCAAAUGUCAACUUGCGCUCAAAGGCUUUCCAACCGAGAUUUAUGACAUGGAAUGGGACUUGAUAAUGGUGGAUGCUCCAACAGGCUACUUCAAUGAGGCGCCCGGAAGGAUGAGUGCCAUCUACACGGCUGGCCUCAUGGCUAGGAACAGACAGGAGGGUGACACCGAUGUGUUCGUUCAUGAUGUGGACAGAGUGGUUGAGGACAAAUUCUCUAUGGCUUUUCUCUGCGAAGGAUAUCUCAGGAAACAAGAGGGCAGGAUUAGGCACUUCACCAUUCCAAGUCAUAGGACUCGUGGGAGCAGACCUUUCUGCCCGUAGAGACCACCUUUCUUUCAAAUUUCACUUCGGAUUAUUAGUAUUAUGAUAUCUGUCAAAGAGCGUGUUGUUCUUCUCAUACAAAACCAUUUUGAUUUUAUUAUUGCAUACAAAACAAUUUCAAAUCUGA